CAAACACCGCUGUCAGGCAGGCAGUUUCACAUGUCAGGCAGCGUUUUGUUAAAUAUAUCUGUCUGGUGCUCACUUAUUAUCGCCACAGUGUUUAUGUUGCGGAGCAGCCAGCGUUAAUACUGACUUAGUAGCCUGUCGUCACGUCACAUAACUCAAAGUAAGCUUAAAAAAUGGAAAUCACUCCUAAAUCGGCCAAAUUAAAAUCGGUGCAUUUAUCGCCUCGUACUUCAGAGUCAAGCCCCGGUGAAAACAAAGAGGGAAAGCAGCAUCAAAAGCUGAGCGCCUCAUUGAAGGAGAGGCUGAAGAGAUCAAGGCGCUCCUUCACCUCGCCCUGCUCUGUGGCCAAACGCCUUUGUGUUGAUGAGGAGGAGGAGGAUGGUCGACAAGUUUCAGCAGAUUCCCAGGAGACAGUUCAUAACUCUCCACUGAUCAUCCCCAAUGUAGAUGUAAACAGGAAUGAGGGAAGAUCGGGGAGUGAGAGAUCAGCUGAACCCUCAAAAGACUUAUCACAACAACGAGAGCAGCUGAGGAAGGAGGUUAAAGACAAGACGGAGACUCUGCGCAGACUCAAGAUGGUUCAGAUGUACAGAAGCAAGAAUAAUUUAACACAGCUCCAAAACUUGAUUGAUAAGUGGCGGAGUUGUGCUCAGGCUGCACUGUACGAGCUCCAGUCUGAAGUGCCCAUAGACGGAAGAAAGGCCAGCCUGUCGGGACUUAUUGACCUCUUUGGUCUGGAUGAUGGCAUCCUGCAUUUUGACCACACAGAGGACGACUUCACCGCCUGAUAAUACAUAUUUGUUUCAUCAGUAUACAAACU